GACUUACAUAUCAAAUAUGGCGGAAAGAUGUGCAGGAAAUAGUGAAAUCGACAAUUAUGCAUUGGUGAUUAACUGUAGUAAAUGUUUAUCUCCUAAUAGUCUGAUAGCUCAAAUAACAAAAGACCAUUUCAAAAUUUUGAAGCAAAACCAUGACGUAAUUUGCUAUUCCUGGACGAUUGACAACAAGUAUUAUGAUGCCAAUAUUAAUUUCAUUGUGGCAGAAGCACAUGAAGAUAGUUUUUCCUACUUCAAAAAGUUUCAAAUUGCAGCCAUCCUCAUUAUAUUUGAUAUAAUUCCGGAUUCAUUUGAGACUGUGAAGAAAUUACUACCUGGUUUAGAUGCAUUGGAAGUUUCUGUCUUGCUUUUGAUUGGCUCAAAAUCUGAACACGAGAAAGAUUCAUCAUUGUUAACUAACAUCCUGAAACUUUCUGUGAAAUGUUCUUUUGAAUUCAUUGAUUUAAAUGAGGAAGUCAGUGAAGAAGAGGAUGAUUUUCCUGAUACUAUUGGAAUUGCACGCAUUUCCCAGGCUCUAGAGGCAACCGAUUGGCCAAAUCUUCAUAUAAAAGGAAUGACUUGUAAAAAACAAGUAGCAACGAACAAACAAGAGACAAAAGAUGGCGAAAACAAGGAAAUAAAUGAAAUUAGCAACACUACCUCACACGAAGAAUUAAAUUCUUUUUGUGGCAUUCUUGAUGGUAUUGAAGAUGAUGUGAAUCUUGAUAGUGAUAUUCCAUUUGAUAAAUUAUUCUCACAAAUGAAAAUUAUGAAAGAAAAAGCUGAAAAACUUCCGCACUUACAGCGCAAAGCUUAUGCUGAGCAGGUUGCUGUAGCAUUUUGGAAAGCAAUAGGUGGUGAUGAUGAUGAAAUUGAAGAUCUAGACUGUAGAUAAAAAUUACUUCACUUUGUGGUACACAGAUUGAAGAGGAAAGGAGGCAUGGAAAUUAAUAAUGUAUGAAGAUACGUAUGUAGUCACCUAGUUAAGAUGCAACUCAAGAUACUAUUGUGAUUUGCAGCUGGGCUUUACAGUAUUUAAUCACCAUUCACAACUACACUAACAAUAAAUUGAAAUACAAUA